GAGAGGCCCUUGCUUUCCUUAUAGACAGGAAAGGGCAGUAAGAACUCCUCUGUCAUCUCGCAGAGAAGAGCAAGGGCCCACCUGUGGCUCCUGGGGUCCUGAGCCAAUAGAAGGUCAGUUUGUCUCCCUCCUGGAAGAUGCCCUGGAAGGUGCUGACGAUUCUGCUGGUGCUCUCCUGCGCCCAGGCCACUGCGUGCAGGUGGAGCAGGGCUGCACUGUUCCCAGCUGCCCAUCGGCCAAAGAGGUCCUUGUCCCUGCCAUUGAAUCCAGUCCUGCAGACUUCCCUGGAGGAGGUGGAACUGCUCUAUGAGCUCUUGCUAGCUGAAAUUGAGAUCAGCCCAGACCUGAAGAUCUCCAUCAAGGAUGAGGAGCUGGCUUCCCUGCGGAAGGCCUUGAAUUUCCACUCAAUCUGCAACAACAUAAUCCCCAAGAGUAUCCCAGAUAUCCGAAGGCUGAGUGCCAACCUGGCAAACAACCCUGGGGUCCUCAAGAAAGAAGACUUUGAAAGGAUAGCCUUAACCCUGGCUUACACAGCCUAUCGAACAGCCUUAUCUGAAGGACACCAGAAGGACAUCUGGGCCCAAUCCCUCAUCAGCCUAUUCCAGGCCCUGAGGCAUGACUUGAUGAGGUCCUCAAGCCCUGGAGUGCCUUCCUGAGAGAAUGGUCCAGGCUAGGACUCUGAAGCAGGGACAGGCACACACAGUCUUCCAGAACUUUCAUCCUCUACUGCACUGGAAGAGAAAAGUAUGUCCUUCCCACACAGAAUAGCAAAGAUAAAUGAGUCACCCCAAUACCCUUUUGUCCCUUGUUGCUUCCAGACAGGCAUAUCUGACCUGCGACAUAAUGUUCCCUAAGAAAGGGCUAGACUGGACUUUCAAGACACCUCCAGAGGCCAACUGGUCUACCUGGUAAUGAGCAGACUUCUCAUACCCAAAAGUAAGGACUAACAAUAGAGCCAGGGCAUGGCAGAAGGAUGAUGGGCAGACUCUUUUGCUUCUAAGGGAUCUGUGUUGAAAGAAUAUUUUCUGGCAGGUUCCACAGUAAAUAGAAGAAAGGCAGAGAUGCAUUCAAAUAAAUAUACUAUUAGCCAUAGAAGGUUACACUUGGUUUGCACCAAAGACAAAAAGAAGAAUCAGUAUUAUGGUGACCUACAUGGCUUGACUCACCUUUUCUGAAUUUAUUCUGAGACAGGAGAAAUAGAAAGGACCCGUGAAAGUGCUAGCAGUCCACCCAUGCCUUGUCAUUUCAACGUAGAAGCCAAGCUAAAGCAUAGUGCCUUCCUAGUGAAGGAGGUGACCCCACUAUGCUUGAUUGUCCUAAAAUACCAUAGCACUGUCAGCGAUUUGGGUGCUCCUGGGAAAAAAAAUCGCUUUCAGAUGACAGAUUGUUUACCCUUCACAUUCUGGAUUUUUUUUUUUUUUUUUGCUUUCAAAAUGUUAGUUUGAUAUCUGUUCAUUAUUUAUAUUAAAUACCGGUUGAUGUUUAA